AUUUGAGACGUCAAAAAUAUAAUCAAGAAUUCAAGAACUUUAUUGAAAAUAUAAGUCUUUGAUGCGUCCGAAAUUGGAGCUGUAUCUAUACAAAAGUUUUGUUUGUUGUUAGUGAAGCAGUUUGGUGUGAUAAAUAAACAUUUGGUGUGGCUCAAGCAACUAGUGUCAGAAUAAUAUUCAAAUGACUUUGAAAGACUAGAAAAAACUGGAGUCUUGUGUGGUUUAUGAUAGCUUCCCGGAAUACCUGUUUACGUCGCUGGGUCUCCCUAAAAGAUAAAUCCGAUGUCGGUUGCGGACGGGUCUCCCUGGCACCGCACGCGGAUGCCGUAGCUCUGUCCCCGAGUGCGCCCGCCGUCGCCGUGAUGAGCAUACCCCGCCAGGAUGCGUCGGCGGCCGUUAUAACGAGGCAGCGGACCCGUUCGUCAGCACGAGAUGGCCGUCAGCGGCGCCCUAGCCCGCAGCCCGGCGCGCGCGCCCACCAGCUCCUAUGAGAUGUGGAAGCACGGCAAGUGGCGACAGAAGUUUCCACCGAGGACUAGCGCGGCUAUCACGGUUCCGAGAUAGAGAUCGUACAGUAUACUAGAGGCCUAAGUGUUAGUGUUGUGUAAAUAUAGUGGUGGUAGAUGUUAGGGAUGUCGGGCGAGGGUCGCAAGGCGCGCGCGCCGCUGCUCGAGAGCGGGGAGUAUGCGCACGCGCACAAGACGGCGGCGCCGCUGCGCUGCUGCUUCUGGCUCGCCGGCCACAUCAACGUGAGGAAGUGCGUCGCCGGUGUAAUGUUGCUGUCCGUCCUCACAAUAUUCUUCUAUACCAAUUAUGUCACGGCACCGUUCACAAGUUUGGUGUGGCGCGACCGGGUGCCGCGGCCGCUGUCGCAGUGCUCGGUGCUGGCGGCGCAGACGGCGCGCGACCACCGCUCGGACGCGCGGCUCCGCAUCGACGCCAAGGUGCUGGUCAUCGCCGAGUCGCUGUACUCGAGGCUGGGGCGCGAUAUCGCCGAGCUGCUCGUCGCUAACAGGAUCCGAUACAAAGUAGAAGUGGCAGGCAAGAGUCUGCCAGUGCUGACUACGUUGGACAAGGGGCGCUACGGCGUCAUCGUGUUCGAGUCUCUGUCGAAGUACGCGAACAUGGACAAAUGGAAUCGAGAACUCCUCGACAAGUACUGUCGAGAAUAUUCGGUAGGGGUCGUCGGGUUCGCCACGCCCGGCGAGGAGACCCUCGUUGGCGCUCAACUGAAAGGAUUCCCACUUUUCAUGCAUACCAAUCUUAGGCUUAAGGACGCAACUCUCAACCCCGCUUCACCGGUGCUGCGUCUGGCUCGCGCGGGCGAGACGGCUUGGGGCCCGCUGCCCGGCGACCACUGGACCGUCUUCCGCGCCAACAGCUCUACCUACGAGCCGGUGGCCUGGGCACUGCGGCAGAACGACUACGCGCCCAGUGAGGAGCGGAUACUCCUCGCCACGGUGAUGCAAGACCACGGCCGCUUGGACGGCGUCCAGCGCGUGCUGUUCGGAGCCGGUCUCCAGUUCUGGCUGCAUCGUCUGCUGUUCCUCGACGCGCUCAGCUACCUCAGCCACGGCCAGCUUAGCCUCAGCCUCGAUAGGUGGAUACUGGUGGACAUAGACGACAUCUUCGUGGGAGAGAGAGGCACUCGACUACACGAGGAGGAUGUAUCAGCUAUGCUGGCGUCGCAGGCGGCACUCCAGCGACUGGUGCCGGGGUUCCGCUUCAACCUGGGCUUCAGUGCCAAGUACUACCACCAUGGUACAGUCCUGGAGAAUAGAGGAGACGAUGCCUUGCUGAAGAACAGAGAGCAUUUUAACUGGUUUUGUCACAUGUGGAACCACCAGCAGCCGCACCUGUACAACAACGUAUCGCAGCUCGAAGCUGAGAUGAUGCUGAACAAGCAGUUCGCCCUGGAGCACGGGAUACCGACCAACUCGUGCUACUCGGUGUCGCCUCACCACUCCGGGGUGUAUCCCGUCCAUGAGCCCCUGUAUGAGGCGUGGAGGAAGGUCUGGGACGUCAAGGUCACUAGCACGGAGGAGUACCCGCAUCUGAGACCGGCCAGGCUUCGUCGCGGGUUCCGGCACCGCGGCGUGAUGGUGCUGCCGCGGCAGACGUGCGGGCUGUUCACGCACACGCUGCUGCUGGAGCGGUACCCCGGCGGCCGGCAGCGCCUCGACCGCAGCAUACAGGGCGGCGAGCUGUUCCAGACCGUCGUCAACAACCCCAUCAACAUCUUCAUGACUCACAUGUCGAACUACGGCAACGACCGCCUGGCGCUGUACACGUUCGAGUCGGUGGUGAAGUUCCUGCGGUGCUGGACGAACGUGCGGCUGGCGUCCGCGCCGCCGCUCGCGCUCGCCGACAAGUACUUCCAGAUGCGGCCCGACGAGCUCAGCCCGCUGUGGGGGAACCCAUGCGACGACAUCCGACACAAGCGCAUCUGGUCCAAGAGUAAAUGGUGCGAUACGUUACCGAAGAUCCUGAUCAUUGGGCCUCAGAAGACGGGAAGCACAGCGCUGUACACGUUCCUGUCAAUGCACCCAGCUCUGAUGCCCAACCUACCCAGCCCGACCACGUAUGAAGAGCUCCAGUUCUUCAACAACAACAACUAUAUGAAGGGUCUUGAUUGGUAUCUGAACUUCUUCCCGCCUAUAGAGGGCAACUCGACGAGGAUCUACUUCGAGAAGUCGGCGACGUACUUCGACGGCGAGCUGGUGCCGCGGCGUGCGCACGCGCUGCUGCCCAACGCAAAAAUCAUCGCCAUACUCAUAUCACCGUCUAAAAGGGCGUACUCGUGGUACCAACACAUCCGAUCGCACGGUGACCCCGUGGCUAACAACUACACCUUCCACGCCGUCAUCACAGCCAACGACUCCGCGCCAAAACCGCUCAGGGACCUCAGGAAUCGCUGCCUCAACCCGGGCAAGUACAGCCACUACCUGGAGCGCUGGGCGGCGGAGUUCGGCGCGCACCAGCUACUGGUCCUAGACGGUGCGCAGCUCCGCUCUGACCCUGCCGCUGUCAUGGCGACGCUGCAGAGAAGCCUCAAGCUAGCACCCUACCGCGACUACAGUAGGCUACUUAAAUAUGAUCCGAAAAAGGGUUUCUUCUGCCAGGCGGUGAGUAACGAGAAAACGAAAUGUCUGGGCAAAUCCAAGGGGCGGGUUUAUCCGCCGAUGGAGGAGAGAUCCGCCAAGUUCCUCAAGCGGUAUUACACGCCUCAUAACACGGCCCUAUCCAAGCUGCUCGUGAGACUCGGCCGCGCCGUCCCCCAGUGGCUCAAAGAUGAACUAUCCACGAAUGGAUAGCAUUCCCCGCAACCUAAAAGGUUAAAAAUACAAGCGCUAUUCAAAGUGUGCGUGGCACCUUAGUGCCCACUUAAACGUGCCAGUAGCUUGCGUACUCGCUACUAGCAUUGUGGUCCACGCUUUGGCAUGUGAGGCAAAGGUUAGAUUGAAAAAAGACAAAAUGAUAUUUGAAUAAAAUUCCUCAGUAUGUAUUAUAUCCGAUUUCAAAUACUCGAUCAGUGCGUAUUUUUAAGGUUUAUAUGUCCACGUUGUAAACUGGAUGUAGCAAUACGUAAUUGUUUUUAUUAUGUGAAAAUAUUAUUGUUGAUUAAUAAAAUCUUUGUCUAUCAAAUGUAGUUAUGGAGAGUGAUAUUUUAAUUUAAAUAGUUCAUUGUAUCAGCAAAAAUCAAUUAUUUAUUGAUAGUUCGAAUAUUUUUAUUGUAUGUUGUUAGUCAAGUGUUGUAUAAUUAAAAGUACAUAAUUUUGCUUGCCCAAUGAAACACUUAGCCAUUUACAACAGUAAGUACAUAAAUGUUUUCUAUGCUAAUACUAUCGCUGUACAUUACAAAAUGUUGGUGAAAUUGCUAUAGAACUAUGACAUAUUUGGAUUUAAAAUUACAUGUGUUUUAAGAGAUAAAAAUACUUUUCGUUCUAUCCAUUAGAGUACUCAUUCCAGCUCCACACGCUUAUGUUAGUAUUUUAAUUGUACCUGAUACAAUUUUACUUUUGUAGUUUAUUUGUACCAUUUUAGUGUAGAACAAUUUUAGAACAAUAUCUGUGCCAUUUCAUGGUGGGUUUACACUGUUCCAGUACUUAUAAAGUGUUAGCAUAAAAUGUAUUAAAGAGCUGGCAUCAUAUUUAUUUGUAAACGCAGCAUAGGCUGAUCAUUUUGUUUUUAUCGAUGUGAACCAAAUUACCUGAAAAAUAAAGUUUUUUUACUAUGAGUCCUACCAACAGUUCUGUAUCAGUAUGAACCUAUCACGGCAUUUGACCAUUAUUUUCGAUCACUAUACUUAGCUAUCAUAUACUUAUUUAUUUUACUAACCUCCUACCUUACAUCACAUAUGGCGUAAACAUACUUACAAGUGUAAACUAGUUUACUUUAAAAAGCCUGUGCAAUAAUGAUAAAGUACUUUUGUAAUGGAAUAAUUAAGUUCGCAGAGAUCGAAUUCGAAAUUCGCAAUGAAGUCAAAAUGGCGGAGCAAACAAAAUGGCGUCCGUUGCGAGUGAAAUUGGGUUACCAACAUGUUUUAUUUAAUGAUGUUGUAAAUGUACUCUAACAUAUUUUACAAAAGUGAUAUCGCGCAUCAGUCGUCGUGAACGAAAUAAUAUUUUGAUAAGAACAAGUUUUUAUGCGGGAGGAAAUGGACGAAUAAAAGAAUAUUAUUACAGGAAAUAAUAGAUGUCGGUACUUAAAACUUCUGAAUACGAAAGAUUCUUAUUUGUAACAAAAUAUAGAUAUAUAUUAUAGACGGCGCAGUGUUUGUUUACGUGGUUCUGCUUGCGAAAUGUUCCUCUCAUUCUCAUAUUAUGAGUCUAAAAUAGGUUGCUAUAAUCACAGUACUCGUUUAUGAUUGCAGCAUAAAUAUACUACCCUGAUGCUGUCAUUUCUAUCUAACAUUAAUACAAUAUAUUCGAUUCCGUUUCGAUGCAGUAUCGGUAUAAUUAAAACUGUAAAAUGGUAUUUUCAAUAAACGUCAAACGUGUUCGGUCUAUUAAAAAAAAGCCGUGGUAAUUGGUAUUACAUUAUUAUGUAUGAUGUGUAUGUAAUACUGUUUUUGGCCUGUGAUAUCGGGACUGGAUCAAUUGGAUUAAUAACAAUUCGGGGUAGCAAUGGUAAAAAGUAAGCUCAAAAAACGUCUCUAGCGCACAAAACGCCUCGCGAACAAAUAUUGCGCUCCACGCGAUCAACUAUUCAUAGAGCGUAAUUUAUUAUAAUAUUUUAUAUAAUAUGUAUUACUUAACGAAUAUAUUUUUUUCGUUUAAGGACAGAAAGCUUUAUAGUCUUAGAAUCUUAUGUCUACACUUCCGAUUUUUUCGAUGGGACGACGUUACGUAGAACGGCCUUACGAUUUUUCUUAAAAGUUACGCUUCGCAUUUCGGUUCUAAUUGUUUUAUUAACAGUAACUGUUGUAUUAAAUUGUAAGAUCAAUAUUUGGGUCGAUGUAUCGAGCAUUAAGAUAUUUACAAGCAGGAAAACAAAUUUACGCAAAAAGAAACCCGUAUGCAAUUAAAAUAUUUCAGCAUAAUAUUAUGUUCACUGUCAUUACAAAAACUCAGUGCCAGAUAUUCCCCCAAAGAAAUAACAAAUUACAUCAUAUCAUAUUAAAACUCGCAAAUUCGCGGCGAUUCCACACAGAUAGCGGAAAAAUGGGGUAUGACUGAAUGCAAGGGUGCGGCAUUCAUUUAUCAAAAAUUUUCUGGUCCGCAAGUUUUCCGGUUCGCUCCGAAUGCAGACCUUAUGAGCUCGCUACAUCGCCCCACAUGUAAUGAACAAGGAAUCUGAUCUAACGUUAAUAUUAUUUUCUGUUUACUACGGACGUAGGAAAUGGAUUGAGCGGUUUGAAAAAAGAGCAGUCAAAAUCUUAGAAAAGUCUGUAUUAUGUGCUUGAUUUGGUUUUUAACAGUAGUUGAUUUUAAAGUUAUAAAGCUCAAUCCAUCGUCUAUAUCCUUGUACCCGACUCUGGCGUAGCCCAAGGGUUUUGUGUAUAUUUUAAGUGAUGCAAAUGACUGCUCUUGAAAUGUGUUCUUUAUAUGAAAUUAAUACAUCACUUAUUUUAUUAAACGAUUUAAAAUUUA